AUGGCCAGUGAAGGCCUUCCCAAGAGUCCGGAUCUGUCCGAUCCCGAGACUCAGUACAUCUUGGAGGGCAAUGCCAGAUUUCGCCGGCUAGGAUGGAAACGCCUCACAGUUAUUUCCAUAGUGGAGGCCAUCGCUCUUGGGAGCUUGGGCUUGCCUUCUGCCUUCGCGACUCUGGGCAUGGUUGCCGGUGUUAUCCUCACGAUCGGUAUCGGACUGGUAGCCAUGUACGCGGGCUAUAACAUUGGACAAGUGAAAUUGAAGUACCCUGAGGUUGGGCACUACGCAGAUGUCGGUCAGCUUUUGCUGGGAAAUAUCGGAGGCAAAAUAUUCGUGGGCAGUUUUGUCGCCCUACUGGUCUUUGUUAUCGGGUCUCACUGCUUGACGGGCGCAAUUGCAUUCCAGACCAUCGCCGAAAGCAGCGUGUGUUCGGUGGUUUUCAGUGUUGUCUCCGCUGCCAUUCUGAUGAUCCUCGCCAUUCCUCCGUCCUUUGCCGAAAUUGCCAUUCUUGGUUAUAUCGAUUUUGCUUCAAUCAUCCUGGCAAUCGGCAUCACUAUGAUUGCUACAGGCAUUCAGAGCUCUAAUUCCAGUGGUACCUUCUCCGCCGAUCAUAUCCCGUGGUCGGCAUGGCCCAUGGCUGGCAUCACAUUCUCGCAGGCAAUUGUGGCCACCAAUAAUAUUGUCUUUGCUUAUUCCUUCGCUGGCUGCCUGCCUUCGUUCAUGGAAGAUAUGCAUACCCCGGAGGAUUACGUCAAAACCCUUUGGUGGCUAGGCGGCAUUCAAAUCGUCAUAUAUACCUUGACGGGAUCGCUUAUCUACGCAUUCGUGGGCCAGGGGGUGGAAUCACCCGCGCUGCUAUCAGCCGGCCCAGUCAUUUCAAGAGUGGUUUUCGGCAUAGCCCUGCCAGUUAUCUUCAUCUCCGGCUCCAUCAACGUGACAGUCGUCUGCCGAUACAUUCACGGCAAGUUCUACCAUGACUCGGCCGCCCGCUUCAUCAACACCCGUAAAGGCUGGAUGACUUGGUUGGCUCUUAUAUCCCUCAUUACUGCUCUCGCUUGGGUCAUUGCAGAGGCUAUUCCGAUUUUUUCGGAGCUGCUUUCCAUCAUCUCGGCGCUUUUUGUGUCCGGUCUCUCGUUUUACAUUCCUCCGGUGAUGUGGUUUGUGCUGUUGAGGGAUGGGGCUUGGUAUGAGAAACACAAUCUAAAGCCUGCAAUCUGUAACCUGGUGGUCUUUAUUGUCGGUGUGAUUGUUUUCGGUUGCGGUACUUAUUCUAGUAUUGCAGAGCUGACCAUUAAGACGAAUGCACUGGAAAUUGGCAUCAAAGUUGCCAUUAGUUAUGUGUUUGAAUCCCCCACAAAACCAGAGCGAAAAGGAAUAAAUGCUUUGUCUGUCAGAAUGUCAAUGUAUAAUUGUGCCGUGUAA